GAUAGAGGGAGUUCGGGGAGGAGGAAACAGGAGGAAAUCUGUUUGCUGUUUGAUGUUGGAUUCUUUAGCAGAGAUAUGAGCCUGAGGAUCAGCAGACACUGAGACGACCGACAUGGACAAACAGAAAGUGCUGGCCAAGCUGAUCUGGGAUCUGCAGUCCUUCCUGUCUGUUCUGGACUCAGAGAACCUGAGUUACAUCGCUCAGGCUCAGAAGAAAUCCAUCUCAGAGCUGCUGUCCACGCUGCAGAAUCAGGACGCUCCAGUGGAAGAUGCCGAGUACAUGAUCAUGAGCUGUCCAUCAUCGUCUCCUAGCAACGAGCUGACAGACACACCUGCAAAAGCUGUCCGGGCCUCUGAGCUGGUCUCAAAUCAGGACCUGUCUGCAUGGCUGAGGAACGGGCUGCAGGGCCCCAAGGUGCCGCCCCACCCUCCAGGAGGUCUAGGAGGUGACGAUGAUGACGAAGAUACGUACGAGGAGGCAGAACCUUACGUCCCUGCCGACGCCACCGCGUCCAACACUGAGAAGGCGGAGUCAGACAGCAGCCACUACGAGUCCUACGAUGAGGAAGACGAUGACGAUGGAGGGGAGGAGCUUGUGAAGGACAGAGCUCACUACAUCCGGUGGAGCGCCUCACAGCCCUGCCUAAAGCCCACGCCAGAGUCCCGCCUCUGCGGGUACCUGUGGAGGAGGAAGUGGCUCGGGCAGUGGAGCAAAGAGCUGUUCAUCAUCAGGAACGACGUGCUGCUGUGUUAUAAGUGCGCCCGGGACCUGCUGCCUCAGCUGGAGUUGAACCUGCGCGGCUGUCAGCUCGUCUACAAGUCAAAGAGCAGCAGGAAGAUCCAACACCAGCUCAAACUGGUGCUGCUGGGCUCGGAGACGCUGGUGCUGGGCUACAGCACCUUCCAGCAGGCCGACGAGUGGAAGAAGAGGGAGUGUUCGCCUGGGCGCCAAACAGCCUCGGAUCGUCACUGCCUCCUGGCGUGA